AUGAUUGUAUUUAUUAGAAUAUUAUUAAAAUGCAAUCAUCAACUUGAAUUGGAGACUUUACAACAAAUUACAAGUUUAUGUAGAACGAAAUGGCUAGAUAGGAUUAUAAAAUUGGACCUUUUUGCCAAAUUAAUUAAUUACAUACACGUAAAACUUGAUACAGUUGCUGAAAAAACUGAUGUACAUCUAGAAUUGCAACAAAUAAAAUCAGAAUCCUCGUUGUUACAAGGUGCACCUCCAGGUAGACAUGUGAGAAACUUAUAG